AUGAAAUUUGCAUUGGGCGUUUUGAACGAUUUUCCAAAAAAAUCGCUUGGCCCAUGUCCAAAAGAAGGUCAUCAUGAAUUCUUGAACCUUGCAGUUCGUCAAAUGAAAACUAAGACAAUGUCUCCAACAGCAUUUUACAGUCUUUUCAUAAAGUUGUACAAUGAAAUGGAUGAAAAUAUUAUUUCUAUCAAAUUUGCCAUUAAAGCUUCCAGUGUACAAGAUUAA